AUGAACUUAUUCACUCCAUUUACAUUAGGAUCAAUUCAAUGCCAAAAUCGUAUAGGAAUGGCAGCCAUGAGUAGAUAACGAUGCGAUAACAAAGAAAUGAUACCCACUGCGAUGAUGAAAUGCACUGCAGGAUUUAUAAUUACUGAAGGUUUGCCAUUAAAUUUAGAUUCGAUUGCAUAAGAAGGAUCAUCUGCUAUUUUUAAUAUCAAAUAAGCUGAAGCUUGGGCUCAAAUCGUAUCUGAAUUGCAUGAGAAGGGCUGUAAAAUAAUAGCAUAAUUAUGGCAUUGUGGUCGAGUUACAAAUUAUGUAAACAAUCCAUUGGCGCCAUCUGCAAUUAAAAUUAAGAAUAGUAAAUACAAUCAACCUAAAGAAAUGAGUCUUGAUGAAAUUCAAUUAGUUAUUAAGUAAUAUUUAGAAUGUUCUAAAUUAAUUUAAUCUGCAGGUUUUGAUGGAAUUGAAAUUUAAGCCAGUAGUGGAUACUUAUUGGAUUCCUUUCUAAAGUCUUCAGCAAACAAAAGGAAAGAUCAAUAUGGUGGUAGUUUUGAGAAUAGAUGCCGCAUUAUCUUAGAAAUAGUCGAUCAACUAAAAACAGUGUUUGAUCCCUAAAGGAUGGGUGUCAAGAUUUCUCCCAUUACAAGAUAAUAUGACACUUAUGAUCCAAAUCCGAAAGAGUUAUACAAAUAUCUGCUAGAAUAACUUGAUCUGAGAAAUGUGGGAUUCAUUGAAAUUAGAGAUGACGAUUAUCCUGAGAACUGGUUGGAUUUUGGUUAUCCAUCAUCUAAAUCUGAUAUCGCAAACGUCUUUUAAUUUUGUAGACCACUAUUUAAAGGUUAGAUAAUAGGGAAUGGAAAAGUCACACCUGAGAUGGGAAAUGAAUUAAUACAGAAACAAAUUUGUGAUGGUAUCAGUUUCGGAAGAUUGUUUACAUCAAAUCCUGAUUUAGUGGAUAAAUUAAAGACUGGACAGAAAUUGAAUGAAGUAGAUAAUUCAACUUUGCUUAGUCAAGGACCAAAGGGAUAUAUAUAUUGAAAAUGAUUUGGAUACUAUUGAUAUAUAUAUAUAUAGAUAUGAAAUAAUAUACACACAGCAAAA